CCAAUCUUGGGUUAGAUUCAAUACUCAAUCCUCAGGAGAACACAAGGCCAGCUUCCACACCUCUUUUCCCGCAAGAGCUGCUUUUGGGCUAUGGUGAUUCAAAGACAAACAUCAAAGAUGUUGCUGUAUCUUGUUUGGAUUCUUCUGGGCUUCAGUCUUGGUGCCCCUCCAACUGAUUUGGAUCUUGAAGCAUUUGGCCUGGAGAAUUAUGAUGACCCAGACUCAUGGGAUCUGCACUAUAAUUAUGAUGAUGAGCAUGAGGAGGUUGAGACAGUAGCUCCUCCUACAGCUCUCACUCCUCCACCUGCUGUGGUUGUUCCUGAAAACUAUGUGGAGGAAAUGACUCUGCCACCUCGUCCCACGAAAUCACCUGUUCCUUCAACUCUAGACUUCAAAGCACCAGGCCUGUUUGGACCUGACACAGGCUUAGCAGGGAUGCCCACAUGCCUUCUGUGUGUGUGUAUCAGCGGCAGCGUUUACUGCGAUGACUCAGAUCUGACUCAUAUUCCCCCUCUUCCCAAAGAAACCACACACUUUUACGCUCGCUUUAACAAGAUCACAGAGAUCAAAGCCGCAGACUUCAUCAAUCUCAAUCAGUUAAAACGGAUCGACCUUAGUGGAAACCAGAUUGGUAAAGUGAACGAGGAUGCUUUUCGUUCACUGCUUCAACUUCAGGAUCUCAUGAUGGCUGACAACAACAUCCAGGCUCUUCCUGAACUCCCAGCUUCCCUCAAGCACAUCGACAUCCGCAAUAAUAAGCUGAGGAGUUCAGGCAUGCAUGCUGAGGCCUUCAAGGAAAUGAAGGAACUUCAAUUUCUUUACCUGUCACACAACAAGUUAGACUACAUUCCCGUACCCCUACCCGAGAGCCUGCGAGUGCUCCACCUGCAGAACAACAACAUACAGAGCAUAACCCAAGACACAUUCUGCAACAGCCAUGACAAGAACUACAUACGGAAAGCCCUGGAGGACAUCAGGCUUGACGGCAACCCGGUGGACAUCAAUCUUUACCCCCAGGCAUAUUUCUGCUUACCACGAUUACCUGUAGGAACUCCAGUCUAAAACAGUGUCUCUCUCUUUUCAACAGGCUACGGAAUAAUAAUAUGAAGCGAGGAAUUGAAUUAGUUUAAAAUGUCACCCAAUCAAUAUCUAGGAGAAAGUUUUUAGCUUAAGUUUUCUUUUUGCAAGUCACUCUGUGCGUUAUGACUUUGCACUUUGCAGGAUGUACAAAUGUUUGUGUUCCAAAAUCUACUCCUUACCUACACUCAGAUGCUAACUAAAAUCCCAAUUUACAGAGCUCAGCAUAAUUGAGUACACCCUAUUUUGAAAAUCAAUAUUUUUAUUUAUUUCUCAGAGAAUGUGGGUAAUAUAUAUUGGUGCAUUUGAACAAAACAGGUUCAUUAAACAGAUAUAUUUAUUAAAAAUUAUUUUAGUCACAGAACAUCUUUAGAAAUGGAAAUAUAAUGCAGUUAAACUCGUGCAAAA